AUAUGGCUCCCCUACCUGUUUACUGGUCUCCCCUCAUCUUCUCACGAAGAGGGGGGAAAAAAAGAGGAGAGAAAAAUAGUUACUUUCAAAGAUAUUGAAGAAUCGUUCAAUUAACAGCGGCGUGAUGUAAAAUAAUUACUUGACUUGCUUACCAUAAUGAGUAUCUCUAAUUAUCCAUACAUUUGUUUGGUGAAAACUCCAAGCUAUAGUUGUGAGGAGAUGGUAAGUACGUUGAAGUAGCACCCAACCCCCCCUCUCCUCCCUUCCCUUUACAAAGGCAGCAUCACUUGGCUUCGAGGCACAAUUCACCUCCCCAUGUAUGCAUACAAGCGUCGGAAAAUAGUCAGGAGUGUAAAGGGAUCUUUAUUUUUUUUAAUUAGCUAUGCAACAAUUAAAGGAUUCACAAACUAAAUUGAACCUUGUCUCCGUCGCCUCCCGGUUUGAUUUCAGCACCUGUCACAACAACAGCCCCUGUUCAGCCAUUAUGCAAAACUUCCUAAGAACAGAACCAGCACGAGGAGGAGAAAACAGCAAUUAUUUCUGAUAUUCACUUAUUUCAGGUGAUAUUGACAUUUAGAGUUCAGAAGGAAAAAAAAGAAAAGGAAAAUGACCUGAAAGGGAAGAAAACGUGGCCUGGUUGACUUUGUCAACCGGCGCUAGGCAGAUAUGGUUUUAUUUUGCCAACAUUAAAGCCGCUCUAAUGCCUGUGAAAGUGUGAUGAUGGGUGACUCACUCAGCACUACCAGGAUCCCUUUCUCAUUUCCCACUGUAGAGUGAAAACAAUCGCUGGGUUGAUUGUACUGUUAGCAUGUGCGCGCUGUUCUCUCUCCCUGUCUGCCUUUAAGAAACAGUGUUGGCCAUGCCUUACCAGCGAUGUGUCAUUGCAUUCAUUUUCCAGUGAGUAGUAUUCAAAUGCAGAAAGGCAGCCCAGGGGAAUGAUGUAAAGCCAUGAUCGACCCUACACGGACAGCUACACUGUGGUCAUUGUUCGCUGGGCUUUCUCUGCUGUAGGGUAACCAUGCGUGAUCAGCGAUUCGACCGUGACUACUGUAGGACAUGCCCCCACCCCCCCAUGACAGAGGGUUAGGAGGGGUAGGAGGGGAGGAAUUGCACAGGACAGAAUACAGACAAUCAUUUAUAUGUUGGAAAUUCUUCCCCAUGAUCUAGAAUCAUUUACUUUUCAUCACUUUUUUUGUGCGCUAGUUUGCCCUCUGUCGCCUAUCUCAUCCAUCUCCCUUCUUAUUGUGAAACACGGUCUGGUUAACAAAUGUUGGAGACAAUUAAUCCCCCACUCAUCACAAUGCGUAAAAUCUACUGGCAGGAGUCUUUCCACACUGCUGUGACCACUAUUGCAAGAUAUGCACAUGAAAAAGGCACACACACAUCUGCUGGUCAUCAGAAUAAUACCAGGAAUGGUUAGCAUAAAAGGAAGCUUUGAGCUUUUGGCCCGGCUCCGGAUGAUGAUGCGGCUGACCAGGACAAUGAACUGUGGGAAUUCGCUUGUCUCCCGUUGAUCUUCCUCCUUGGCAUCCCGAAAGCCUGUCAGACGCAGGGGAUAAAAAGACAAGGCAUUUUUCUUUCUCUCUUUUCUUUCUCUUUUUUUUUCUUUCAAGCGGAGGGGGCCUCAUAGUGAUCUGUGGAGAUGAGCUGAAAGCCGAACUACCUGUUGACUAGUCCUCUUAAGAGACCUCAAUGACAUAUUGUGUGGGACUACAGAGCAGAAAGGAAAAGCCCAGCGAGGUCGAUUCAUAUUUGUCUCCGUUGUAUAGCGUUCAAGUUCUUGCAUAUAGAAUUGUUGUUUUGAUGUGUUGGUUUACUUCAUUCGUACUACGUUAUGCAGCUAGAAUCUUGGUGCUUAACUCAUAAGUUAGCGUAGUUGUUGUGUGGGGUCUAGGGUAUGACGUUGGAAGGAACGGACUGGGUUUAUUCCACUUUAUUUCACUUGUUGUGCUGGGAACCUUUCUGUUUUCGCCUCAUUACAGCAUGUAAUAAUCCAGUUCAGUCAAAGAGUAUGGAGAGGAAGAAAAACAACUCCCUUUUUUAUUGGGUUAAUUAGAAGCGUUCCGAAGACCACCUGCAAUAGACUAAACAAGCAUGAGGAAAUAUUCCUAUUAGCUUCAAUUUACUGCCAUGCUUAAAAUGAUCCCAGCUAUCUCUACUUGUGUUGGUAUCUCCUUUCCUUCUAUAUAUAUAUAUAUAUAUAUAUAUUUUUGAAAUACACUUUCCUCAGAGUAUGUAACAUAUGGCAAACACACUAAUUUUCCAUCAGGUUGUUUUUCCCCCUCUAAAUGCGUUGAUGAUUUGGUGCGAAUACGAUGGAAUUUCCUUACUUUGUGAAUAAUGAUGGAUUUAUUAAAAGCAAUGACCUUCAUUAUAACUUAAUGAGGUAUUUUGUUGUAAUUAGUUCGUGGAUUCUUGUCAAUACAAAAUAACAACUUCGUGUCUUACUGAUGGCUUUUCCAUUCAUAAUGUCUCCUUAUAAACCUAGAAUCUGCAGUUUAAACAAUAACAAAGUGGUCAACCUACCUCUGUAGGUUGAGGGAUGGGGCCUGGAGAAGUGUAACCACUUUCAAAAUCAUAGACAGAGCUAUGGAUGCAAGGACUGAACAUCCAUUAUAUCACAAUGAUCGUUUUAAACAUGUUUUGAGGCUAUACAUUUUUUUUUUUACAUUAUAUUGUUUACUAACAUUCGAGUAAAAUAAAAUGUAAAAUGUAUAAGUUAUAUGAUUAAAUAAUCAAUUGGUAUAUAUCAUUCAUUUAUAAGUCCAAAAAUGGUCGUAGCAAUUACGGAUUAUAGCUUUAAAAUGUCCAAAAGGUUUUAUUUGGCCUGCAUUCAGUUGACCCAGUUGACCCAUCAAUAUCACAUCAAGCAAUACUUCCAAACGGUCUUUCAUCAAAUCCGAAACCUUCCCAAGAGCAUGUUUAGCCAUACUCUGCUUAUGUGUUUUAGCCUUAGAAUAUGCAAAUGUCUGUGGUAUCCAGUGUAUACAUCAUUUGAGAAUACUCAACCUGACCAAGUGUUUUCUAAUUCCUUCAACUAUUGCAUGCACUUUAUAGGAUCAGAGCACAUGCUCGUUGCUUAGAUAAUGACACGGUACUGAGCCCAAAUAUAUUCAGACAGAAAUACACUUCCAUUGUGUUAAAGAUACCGUCCGUAAUUAAGCUGUAGGUUGCAGAGCAAUUUGCCCCCUGGGGGAAAAAAAAAGAAGAAGAGAAAUCUGGUUAUGUGCCGCUUUACUAAAAAACGGUGAAUAUUAACCACAAACUGUAAAGAAGAGCACUGCUGCACCUCUGUGAGAAAGUGCAAAAGGAAGUCUGGUGGCUUUGCAGGCGUCAUUUCAGCCUUAUCGUUAAUGAAAGCAUUGUUGUAGACACCAGACAAACGUCAGAUCUGCUUCGGGUUAGAGCCAGCGUAGACGUUGCUACAGUCUGCUGUUUGGAUGGCUGAGAGGUCAAGGUCAAGCAUACAGACGCACAGUUACUCGGGAGCUACUUGUAAAUGCUAUCUAUGACGGUGAGAAGUUACGACUUGUGACCCUGUGAGUUUCUAAUGCGAACCACACAGACUUGUGAAUUGCAAUACCUGUGCACGAGAGAAGGACACAUUGGAUUACUGGUACUUACCCUGUAACAACGGGCACUACUUGCUCUAUGAUGGAGGACUCUGGUUUGUGCCUUGGUGUGUCUUCAGCAGUAUCGGACGCUGACAGAGACCAUCUGAGCAACACAGUGCUAAAUGGCCGAUAUCCCAUCAGUCAGAAGCUCCACCAGCUGACAGCCCAGCUGGGCCACGCCUUUCCCGACCUACAGAGCCGACAGCAGAUCCCUGAGGAGAAAGCUGCCACCCCAUUGGAUGAGAAGAGCCACGCUGCCCUGGCCAGUCAACCAAUCAGCAGUCAGAUGGCACUGCUCGCCAACCAGCUCAACCGGGACAUAGAUGCAAGUGCCCUGGCCAACCUGAAUGGGCGUGUGGACCUGCAGCAGUUUCUCAAUGGGCAGAACCUGGGCAUCAUGUCCCAGAUGAACGACAUUGAAGACGAUGCCCGUAAGAACAGGAAGUACCCGUGUCCGUUGUGCGGCAAGCGAUUCCGCUUUAACAGCAUCUUGUCGCUGCACAUGCGCACACAUACAGGUGAGAAGCCUUUCAAGUGCCCCUACUGCGACCAUCGAGCAGCACAGAAGGGCAACCUCAAAAUCCACCUACGCACCCACAAGCUGGGAAACCUCGGUAAGGGACGCGGCCGCGUCCGUGAGGAGAACCGUCUUCUACAUGAGCUGGAGGAGAGGGCCAUCCUGAGGGACAAGCAGAUCAGGAGCAGCAGCCUCCUUCAGCCAGCCCAGACCCUGCAGCACCAGCCACACCUUGGCCCUCAGACCCAGCAGCAACAGCCUGGCUCUGCUUGUGGCCUCCUCACCCCCACCAGCCUGGGAACUCCAGACUCCCUCUCCCAGCCCUCGUCCUCCCCCAAGCCGGUCAGUGCCCAAGAUGACCAGGCCCUGAACCCACCCACUGGAUUCCGCUGCACCUUCUGCAAGGGCAAGUUUAAGAAGCGGGAGGAGCUGGAUCGUCACAUCCGCAUCCUGCACAAGCCCUACAAGUGCACCUUGUGUGAGUUUGCUGCCUCCCAGGAGGAGGACCUGAUCAGCCAUGUGGAAAAAGCCCAUAUCACGGCCGAGUCAGCUGCGGGACAGGGUGCAGCUGGUGGCGCUGAGAAGCCUGCCAACGAGUUCCGAUGUGAGGUUUGUGGCCAGGUCUUCAGCCAAGCCUGGUUCCUCAAGGGCCACAUGCGCAAGCACAAGGACUCAUUUGAACACGUCUGCCAGAUAUGUGGUCGUCGCUUCAAGGAGCCCUGGUUUCUCAAAAACCACAUGAAGGUCCAUCUCAAUAAGCUGGCUAUCAAGAGCAAGCCCCCAGCAGAGGACAUAAAUGCUGUCAACACCAUGAACAGCAUGGCCCAGGAGGCCCAUGCUAACCUCUACUCUCGCUACAUCUCUUGCCUGCAGGGCGGCUUCCUAUCCCCAGACAAACAGGGUCUGAGCGAGCAACACCAGAUGCUGGCCAAAGCCGGCAUUGCCAUGAAAGAGAAGGAGAUGCUGGGAAAGCUGCUGGGCCCAAUGGCAGGGAUGGGCCAUGGCCUUGGCGAGGGGGAGAAGCGCUCUCUCCUGGGCUGCCUGAACCUAGUGCCCCCCCUGAAGUCCAGCUGCAUGGAACGCCUCCAGGCGGCUGCCAAAGUUGCAGAGAUGGACCCACUGAAUAGCUAUCAGGCCUGGCAGAUCAUGGCACGAGGCAUGGCCAUGGACCGUGCCUUUAUGCCCAAGGAGCAGCACCAUGAGCAGCACCAUGAGCAGCACCAUGAGGAGAUGACCAAUGCUGCCGGCAUGGCCUUCACUAAAGAGAAGCAUGACUACCCUAUGAUGUGCUCCAACGAUGGCUCCAAGCAGAAGCAGCACAGCGAAGCUCUGCAUGGCUCGAAGGCCGGCAGUGGAGCCAUGAUACCCCUGAAAGACGACGGCGUGGGCUUCGACAGCCACCGUGACUUCAUGCCCCAUCAUGGCGGCCAUGGCCUGGGCCUGGUCCAUGGCCUGGAGUACAACCACCUGACUAGCCUGAAAGAGAAACCCACAGAAUGUCCUGACUGUGGCCGGGUCUUCAGGACCUAUCACCAGAUGGUGGUCCACUCUCGGGUGCACAACAAGGAGCGGCGGCCCAUAGAAGAAGCCAUCCAGCAGCAGAACAACACCACAGGGCUGGAUGAGCGGCGUGGCUCGGCCAGCGACCCCGAGUCCCAGUCCAUCAGCAGGUCCACCACCCCUGGAUCCUCCAACGUGACGGAGGAAAGCGGAGCCGGAGGAGGCCACUCCCAGACCGGCAGUGUCCAGGACGACAGCCCACACCCUUCCUCCCCAUCCUCAGAUGUCGGGGAUGACCUGGGGAAGAUGGCGGGGAGUGUUCAGCAGGCCCCCUCCCAGCACAGGGACAGGAGCCUGGGCUCGGCCAUCAAGGACUGCCCCUACUGUGGGAAGACCUUCCGCACCUCCCACCACCUCAAGGUCCACCUGAGGAUACACACAGGAGAGAAACCCUACAGGUGCCCUCACUGCGACUACGCAGGCACCCAGUCUGCCUCACUGAAGUACCACCUGGAGCGCCACCACCGUGAGCGGCAGAAUGGCGGCGGCCCCUCCUCCGGACACGCCCCUCCCUCUGAGCACAAGGAGGAGCACGGCAAGGGUGGCGUCUUCGCCCGCCCUGAUGUCCUCCGCGGUGUCUUCAAGGGCAUGCCCUCCAGCCUGGACUUCAGAGGGGGCCCGUUGCACCCCCACCAGUGGGCCCCUCCCGGUAUGUUGUCCCCCAGGGAGCGUGAGAGGGACAGAGAGCGAGAGCGUAAUGGCCUGGGACCUGACACUCCCUCUGAAAGCAUGAAGAGCCCAGAGGGCCCCUCCGCCGCAGACGUCCCAGCCAGCUUCAGAGACCUGGGGCGGGCGUACCAGAGUAUGGUGGGAAACGGUGUCAACUUCCAGGGCUCCCUGCAGGCCUUCAUGGACAGCUUCGUCCUCAGCUCCCUGAAGAAGGAGAAGGAGAUGAGAGAGAGCCACCUGCAGUCCCAGCAUUACUUUGAGAGUGGUGAGCCCAAAGCCAAGAGGGCUGAUACUGGUGAGGAGAAGGCUGAGGCCAAGCCCUCAACGGGCAAGCCUGGGUCCCAGUACGAGCCUCUGGACCUGUCUGUCAAUGUCAAGCCUGAAACAGGCUCUCUGCCUGGCUCCUCUGUCACCUUCCAGGACAACGUGGCGUGGCAUGGCUGCCUCUUCUGCUCCUUCACCACCUCCUCUGUGGAGCUGAUGGCCCUCCACCUGCAGGCCAACCACCUGGGCAAGGCCAAGCAACGCAAGGAGAGCAAGGAGCACCAGGGAGAGCCCUCCCACUUCCUCAAGGCCAGUAUGGGCCCAGCCCACCUCCAUGACAAAGACACCGACAGAGAGGGGGUGAAGAGCCAGUCAGCCUGGUCAAACCACAUGGAGCCCCAUGCCAGCAUGGGAGCCUUCCAGAGCGACUUCUACAAGCAGUAUGGAGGCAUGUACGAUGGGUCCCCAAGGACCCCAGGCCUCCAGGGGUUUGGAGCGACAUGCCCUGACCCAGCCCUGGAGCAGCAGAGCCAGGCCAGAAAAACAGCUGGGGAUGAGCUCUCAGACAAGGCCUCCUGCGGGGAGCUGGAGGAGCAGGGACAGUCUGAGGAUGAGGAAGGCAGGGCCGACGAGCGCUGCCACAGCACCGAGUCCUCCUCCGCCCAACCAGAGAGACAGCGACCCCACUCUGAUGAUGAGGAGGAAGAGGAGGAAGAGGACGCGGUGGAGGGGGAAGAUGAGGACAGUGCCACCUAUCAGAUGCCAAAGCAGAUGCAGGCCUUGUCCCCAGCUAGAGAGGCCCAACGACCAGGGGUCUCCAUGGGCCCUGGGGCCCCUUUCCCUCCCCAGUCCCGGCCUCAGCCACCCCUGGAGAAGCAGUGGCAGCAGGGCUUGGGUCUCCUUUCAUCUCCUGGUGGUCCCCCGGGGCUGCUGAAGCCAGAACAUGCCCAUCUCGAGCAGCAGAUGAACAUGCUGUCCGUCCUGAGGGCCUACAGCUCGGAGAACCUCGCAGCGUUCAACGGCCUUGGAAGUGGCUCAAACAGCGGCGUCGGCAUCAAGAGACCAGACGCACCCGUUCAUCUGUGGGUAGGAGAGGAGGAAGGCCAUGGAGCCCUGGGCCCCGCGCUGACCCUCGACCCUAACCUCGCGCUGCCUAACCUAGCUGACACUGAGACGCACGACGCAGCCUCUCUUAACAGAGACUAACUCCCGCCCGAGCACCCGGCUGGAGCAAGGCAGGAACAUGAUGAUGGUGAUGAUGAAGGAACACACUAUAUCAAAGACUUUAUUUAAAACAUGCUACCAUCAAACAAGAGAAGUCAUUCAAAAUGAACUAUGAAGGAGUGUUUCUGCCCUGUGGGAGGAUGGAGAGGAGACUGAGAGACAUACCUGCUGAAAUGACUUGUAGAGGCCACUGGAUGUGACAGACAGACAGACAGUGACUUGAACCCUUCUGUUUCCUGUCCUCUCAUGGAUGACUCCUCCCUCCAUCUUCUGUCUUCUUCAUGUCUCUCCUUUGAUUUGAUGUUUUUGAUGAAACUACCUGCUAAAUGACAGUACCUAACACGCCCCUACUAUGACACAUUCCUUGAUCCAAGAUGGCGUCCAUCAUUUACAAAAAAAAUGUGAUAAUAUUCCGACUGAACUGUUGUGCUGACCCUGUGCUUCACCUGUACGACAGACUCUCUCUCUCUCUCUCCUAUCAGACCCAGUACAAAGACAGGUAUUCAAUGACCCCUGGGUCACAGUAAUGGUAUUGUCCCUGGACUGUACCAUUCCCACUCUCGUCCUGCUGGAGCUGUAGCUUUAACUCGCUCCUUUUGACCGGACCAACCAUCUAUGGAGACCAAGCACACUUAUUGCCACGCACAUUUUAGUUGCUAUUUUCUACCCUGUUUCAGGACACAAUGCUCUGUGUGUCAAAAACAAAGUAACAGAGAGAAGAAGAAAAAAGAGGAAAAACUAGAAACUAAACCUCGAAGUAUGACAUACUCUGACAAUCUCUUCCUGUGCUAGCUAACUAAGAGAGAGCGGUAGUUUUCCCGAUAGGAUGGGGACGUUAGUAGAUGUGACAACGAGAAGAGAAAGCCUGAGCAUUGUACAGUACAGUGUGAUGAUGGGCAGAGGACUGAGGAUCCUCACCCCAUCCCCGUAACGGAAACAGGACUGAAGUGAAGACUCUGCCCUAGCACGGUCCGCUCAUGUCUUUUCUCGCUCUCUAUGACAGAGCCUGUAGAUGCUCAGAACUACAUGUAAAAAAAAAAAGUUAAAAGAAGAGAGAAAUAGCAACAAAUGAAAGCGUUGUUUGUGAAGAGCAAAAAGUGUUGAAGUGACAGUAAUAACUAGUUUACACGCCCUUGUCCUGUAGAUAAACAUAGAGCUUGAAGGGAAGUUAUCAAAAACAAAAGGGGGUUGUAUUUUCCAUCCCUUUGCAUCUCUCUUAUUGACUUCGAGGACUAUUAGUGUUUGCAAGUGUUCGUAAGAUACUGCCACCAAUCAAUGUUGCAAAGUGUUACUGACUACUGAAACGGUUUUGAUGUAUUUACUUUGAAAAAGAAGAAAAAACUGGAAAAAAAACAACAAAUAUUGUCUAGCCUUAGAUACAGUCAUCCGUUGUUGCAUCGACAAAAGCUCGUUGUUUUAGAUGGUAGGCCUUAGGGUUGAGCUUUUUUUUUUUUUUUUUGGUUCAAGUACUGUACUUUUUGCCUUCUACAUUCUAACGGGAAAAAAAGAAAAAGAUUGACAAUCUACUCAUGUGCUCCAAACAUAUGCCCAUAUAUACAUAAUACAUUAUGCAUAGAAGGAAUUUUUUUGUGUUUUUUUUUUCUUUUCUUUUUUCUUCAAGUUCUUUGCACUGUGAUAGUAUUAUAAAUCAAAUCUAUACAGUACAAAACUAGCUAACUAAUUACAAUGAAGGUGUGUAUCUGUGUGUCCCUUGACAUUGUGAAAUGUUUCUAUGUCCUCUUGUGAACCCCUGAGAAUUCUAAAUGCGGUAUGUACAGUGCGAAUAUAUACAAGUACAUUUUCAGUUUGAAGGACUACAGUACAUGGCUUUGACAAAAUGCUAUCAUAGUGCCAAGCCACGGCAUGCAAGUCACUUGUGUGGUCAUCAUUUUACAUACUGUUUGUUACUGAAGCAGAGUGAUGAUCAAUGCUCAAAUUCCACAUCGGGUUGAAAUUCCUCUCCACGCAA